UAGCUACUUAGCUUCCAUUUACAGCAUUUAUGUAGCAUGUUAGCGGCACUCAGCGUUUAAACAGCAACCCCGGGUGAAAGUCUGACGUUACCGACAACACACAACUCGUUACGUCACUUACUAACCAGUAAGACAGGGGCACGUGCGGGCGGUUAGUGAGGCAGUUAGUUACUGAAGACAACAUGUCUGCAAGUUACCCCACACCAGUGUACUCCCAUGCUGGAAGAGGAGAGUUCCGAGACGUCUACGAGCCGGCGGAGGACUCUUUCCUAUUGAUUGACGCCCUGGAGAAAGACGCAGACCGGCUGCAGCUGAUGAGCCCCUGUGUGUGUCUGGAGGUGGGCAGUGGCUCAGGAGUGGUCUCAGUUUUUCUGGCAUCAGUGCUUGGACCUUCAGCUCUAUAUCUGUGCACCGAUGUGAAUCCGGCAGCAGCCCAGUGCACGGCAAAGACAGCUUCCUGUAACAAUGUCUCACUGCAGCCUGUCAACGCGUCACUGGCAGAGUGUCUCCUGCCCCGCUUAAGUGGAAAAGUGGAUGUCCUUCUCUUCAACCCUCCCUAUGUGGUCACACCUUCAGAAGAGGUGGGCAGCACGGGCAUAGAGGCUGCCUGGGCCGGCGGGAAGCGAGGGAGAGAGGUGACCGACAGGUUUCUGCCUGUGGUAGCACAGCUGCUCUCCAGUAAAGGGUUAUUCUACCUCAUUACUAUAGCAGACAACGAGCCAGAGGAGAUUAUCCGUUUACUGGGCAAAUGGGGUUUGAGGGGAGAGUCAUGCUUGUCGACCAGAGCUGGAAACGAGAGGCUGUCCGUCCUGCGCUUCCAAAGGAGCUAACAAACAUGAAAGCAUUUUUGACUGACGGGACACUAUCGUCUGCAAGGACAAAUUCACUGCAGAGGAAAACUGAAACAAUCCUCAGAACUGGGGUGAAGAACUAUGGCUCUGCAGAACAAAAACUUUUCUUUGCGAGACAUAAGGUGCUUCUGAUGUACUGCUAACAUUGUAUGUAAAUAAAACAAAUGCCACACA